AUGGCAGACGCUUCUCCCCAAAGCUGCGCUCCAACAAAUGAUACAGAUGCGUCAGCUUCAGAAUCGUCUCCCGAAUUGAAAGGGGCACAAUUAGCGGAUCUUAUCAAGCGAGCUGCUGCUAAAGAUGCCAUUAAAGACUACGAUACUGCAGCGGACCUCUAUUCCCAGGCGACAGAGCUCCAGGCAGAGCUGAAUGGUGAGAUGUCUGUCGACAAUGCGGACCUGUUAUAUUUGUACGGGAAGUCAUUGUACAAUGUCGCUGUGAAGAAAAGCGAUGUGCUUGGUUCAAAGGUGGCAGGACAAGCAUCCACAGCGCCCAAGAACGGGAUACCUAGAGAUGGAGCGACGAAUACUAGCACUGAAUUACCCAACAAGCAGUCCCUCAUUGGCAACGCGAUCGCUGAGGGUUCUGCAACAAGCGAGAAAGCUGCAGAGGGCAUAACUGAAGGGACGAAAGUAGGAUCAUCGUCACUGUUCCAGUUUAUAGGAGACGAAACCCUCGACUCUGAUUCUAAUGAAGAGGACGGUGGUGAGGAGGGCGAUGGAGCUGAGCAGGAGGACGACGACGAAUUUGCUAAUGCGUACGAAAUGUUAGACUUGGCGCGCAUACUCCUCUUGCGAAAACUGGAAGAGAUGGGAUCCGAGAAGCAGAGCGAGGAACGCAAGAUCAAGGAGCGACUGGCAGAUAUAUAUGACCUACAGGCUGAAAUCUCUUUGGAGGGUGAGAGGUUUGAAAAUGCUGUCGCUGAUUUAAGAGCCGCUUUGGACUUGAAAACAAAACUUUUCCCAUUGGAGGACCCUAGUGUUGCUGAAUGCUACUAUAAGCUUUCUCUAGGUCUUGAGUUCUCGUCGAUCAUGCCAGAAAAGGCGGAAGACGGCCAAGACACGACGGACGCGAAGGUCGCAAAGGUUGACAUGAAACUGAGAGAAGAGGCCGCAAAGCACAUGGAGAUUGCGAUUCAGAGCUGCAAGUUAAGGAUAUCAAAGGAACAACAGAAGCUUGAGAGCAUCACUGAGGAGGAAACUAUUCUCAAAAUGAAACAGAGCAUUGAUGAUGUGAAAGAAGUUGUUUCGGAUAUGGAGCUACGUCUGAUUGAACUUAAUCGACCCCCGGUAUCCAUAAAUGAUGCUACCCGAACCCUCGAUGGUUCCAAUGCCUUAAAUGGAAUCCUCAGCCAGGUGCUACGUCAAAAUUCGUCCGCUGAUAAAGACUCUAUUUUGCAAGAGGCCAUGAAGGGCGCCAAUGACCUUUCGUCGUUCGUCAAGAAAAAGAAACGGGCUUCUGGGACACCAGAGUCGUCUGGUAAGCGCCAAUUAGAGCAAGAGCCAGAGGUUGUCGAUGAAACAAGUUCAGCAAAGAGAGUCCGGCUGGAUGACGACGGUUCCGGCGAUUAA